UAGAUCACCAAAGAGAAAAUGGUAAAGAGUCUGUAAUUGAUGUGAUCCUCAUAUUAAAAUGUAAUUACGUAAUCAGUUUUGAAAAGGGUGAUUUAAUCUUGGAUUAAUUAAUUAAUUAAACAGAUUAUAUUAGUGAGUCAGCCAUGUCCCAUGUGCCUUCUCCUUUUCAUAUUUUAAUACUGGCGUUAAUGAAGGGACCCCAUUGUUUUAAGCAAUUCAGCUGCCUAUGUUAUCAUUCUUAAUUACCAAAUUCAUUUCAGACUAAUUUCUAAAUUAUUUUAAAUAUCAAAUUCGGCUUUUCUCGUUGAUUUCCAAGUUAAUUUGUUAACUACAAGGUUUGCAUGCCUUAAACGUGAUUAUAUAUCUAGGCUUAUUACAUAACAAAUUAAUUACUGAAUAUUCUAACCUUUUCUUAUAUAUAUAAACUACAAAGCAUUUCAAGCCUAAGCACUAACCAACUCUCUCUCUCUCUCUUUCACAUCCUAUACUCAAAUGGGCAAAAUUCACCCUCUGCCUGCUGAAUCUUCUUCUUCUUCUUCUUCUUCUUACAUCUCUUUACAGGAACAGGCUGAGACCUUCACUGUAUGGAUGAAAUCCCUUGUCAUGCAGACAAAUGGAUGCACUGUUUUUAAUCAAAAUGGAGACAUUGUUUAUCGUGUUGAUAACUAUGACAAGAAGGGAAGCAGAGAGGUCUAUCUCAUGGAUCUCAAGGGCACUGUCCUCUUCACCAUAAGGAAACUAUGGCUUUUCAGACAAUGGAAGGGUUACAAAUGUGAUGGCUUGACAUUAAAUUCUCAGAAGCCUUUCUUCCAAGUGAGAAAAACCUCAGGAAUUUUCAAAGGUGAUAUGUCUUGUGAAAUUGUUGUUAGAUCUGGUAAUGCUCAAGAUGGUUGCUACAAGUUAGAAACCUCAGCUGGGAAAUCAGCUUUCAAGAUCAAAGACAGCAAUGGAACAACAGUUGCAAAGGCCACAAGAAAGCAAACAUCUUCAGGAAUAGUAUUAGGAGAUGAUGUAUUGAACUUAGUGGUGGAGCCUCAGGUUGAUCACUCCUUUAUCAUGGCUCUAGUCACUGUUUAUGGAUUAAUUCAUCACAAGCUGUGAUCAUUGAUUGUUGGGUCCAAGGUGAAAGCUGGUUCAGAAUAUGGAGCACAGAAGGAAAUUCUCUCUCUCAUUCACUAACUCUUGAAUGUUGCUGAUCUAAAGGGCUAUUCUUUCUUCUUUUUUUGACAACUUUUGCCCCCAAUUUUUUACUGUAUAUACAGAGCUAAAAAUAUGGCUCUAAAACAGUUUGUAAUUAUAUAGCCAAAAAAAAAAAAAAAUCAAACAAUUCCAUCAACUUUCAGUUCA